AUGUGGACGGUCACAAAUUCGAGUGCAUACACAGGGAAAGUUUCUCUACAUUUUCGUUAUGGACAACUCGUGGUCAAUGGGUGGACAUUAGCUGCCAUCCUCGGUGCAGGUAUUACCCCCAGGGAGCAUUUAGACGAAGUCGCUGAAAAUCUGAUCCCGGCUAAGGGGCGAAUUAAAGCACCUCCGUCAAUCAGUGUAGAUAUGCUGGAUUCAGACUUCGAAGGGUAUGUUUUGAGCUUCGAUGGUGCAGCCAAGGUCUCCGCUAGACAGGGAAGUUGUGGAUGUAAUUUGUGGCGUUUACCUGGCUGGCAGGUCCUGAGCGCCCACGGAUUCCAUUUGGAUGAUGUGGUCGUUAACGAUGCAGAGUAUCACGGGUUUAUCAAAGGUUUGGAGCUAGCCGUCAACCGUGGUUUCAGAGAUGUGGUUGUGGUCGGCGAUUCCAGAAUCGUAAUCCAACAAGCACAAGGGUUGAUAGGUUGCCACCAGCCUAAGCUACAACGUCGACUUGCUGAGUAUGAAGCCUUGAAAGUGAAAUUUGGCUCCACUACUAAGACAUUGGCACUCGGGGAAGCGUGGGUGGUGGAAGAUGCGGAUGAACUGAUGCAUAUGAAAUUUAUCUCCAGGAUCCCGGAGAAGACUAUGAAGACUCCGGAAACCUCGGAACAAAAAGACGACGCAACUCAGAGUCUGAAGCGCGAUCGUCCAAAUGACCUCGUUUCAGACCCUGUCCCAAACGCGUCUGAGGCAAUAACACCCGUGAAGAUGGUUACAACCCGAAAUCCUUCCAGACAGGUUGCCCAAGUGGAUGACCCGAGCCGACCACUUGACUAUCGAGACGAACGUUGGAGACGGAUUAAAGUCCAUCAGGAUGAGGAUCCAGAGCUAAAAAGGCUCAAGGAUUAUCUGAUAGGUGACCUGUUGAACUAUACGCGGAAGGACGUCAAGAUAAUCGCGAAGGGUUCAGACCGAUAUGUUUUAGACUCAAGAGACGUUCUUUAUCGUUUGGCUGCGCCUACCCCGGAACGUCCUGGGGACAAGCGUUCUGAACUUCGACUAAUUGAACCAGAAGCCUUACGACCAGACAUCCUACACCACGCUCACGAGGAUUUCCAGAGUGGCCAUCAAGGCAUCACCAGGACAUAUGAGCGUCUGCGUUCAGAGUUUUUCUGGACCGGGAUGUUUGUCAAGGAAUGUACGGAUUGCGCGUCCGCUAAGAGACGACCUCAGAAUCCAGGACCCUCUCCCGGGGAUAUUGAACUGAGUGGCCCAUUCGAAGUAGUGUCCAUGGAUUUUUUCACACACCUUCCGAAGUCGAAACGUGGGAAUACCUUCUUACUUUUGUUUCAAGACAUGUUCACGGGCUACGUUAUGUGUAAACCCAUGAGCAGCACUACCGCUCAAGACUGUGCUGAAACCUAA